AUGAUGGACAUUGCAUACGGGCAAGCAAGCGAUAAGUGCGUCUUCGGGCCCCUCCUCCUUCCUCCCACCAACCCCUCGUCCAGCCUCUUGUCGUACAAGGAUGCGAUCUUUGACAUGAACAAGGGCGGAAUAUCGUUGGCUAGUGAAGGAAGCCUCCAUCGCUGCCUUAAAGAUAGGCCAGGGCCCCGUAACCCGCUGGCGGAGUAUUUCGGGAGAAGCGGGAAGUCGCUGCACGAUGAGGGGAGCAGCGGAGAGCAGAGCAGGAGAGAGAGUGGGAACAAGACUGGAUCCCCUCAAGGUUGUGCUAAAAAAGGAGCAUUGUGCUCCGAUACACAGUCUGGCUGCAGACUUCCCGUGUCUCUCUUGGUUGACCUUGAUCUUGUUAUGGUUGCUCUUGUUAAUGUUGUUAUUGUUGUUGUUCGCUGGCAGCACAGGAGGUCUCCGGUCGAACAAGCUGCAGUGCACAGCACACGGCUUGCGCCGCCGAUAACAGUCGCACCACCGCACUGGGAGGGAAAAGCAAAUACGGAGCUUCCAACUUCCCUCGAAGCUUGA